AAACAACUUGACUGUUACCCCAAAGCUGCAGGUGUUAGAGAUAUUUAAAGGAUGUUUACAGAUAGCCUUCCACAGUAGCAGAGGCUGACUCAGCUAUCACUAAGCUCAAGGGGCUGUUUUCAUUUUACUGAUCAGUCAGGUUUCCCUAAUGAGAGAGCAGAAAGGCUGUGUGUGGCAUUACUGUUGAUUAUUUUGCUGACUGGCACGUGGAAGUUUGUUAGCUCUGUUGCAGAGCUGCAUUGGAGCUACGGCAGCACCCUGCAUGCAGAUAGGACCAGUCAUCUUUCUGUCUGGUGCUGCUGGAAGUCGUGUUGCUGCUGGGACGCUCGUGUUGCUGAAGGCAGCUCUCCUGGCCAGACUUUGCUGGGGUGUGUUAGAGGGAAACACAUGGUUACUAGCAAGCGCAGGAAAAGAACUCAAAGAUAACUUUUUGCGGGCCCUGGUGGAAAGAGAAGAAGCCAACCGUGAUGGAAAGCUUUCUUCCAUAAUCUACAUUCGUGACUAUAAUUCUCGUCACCAGGAGGUGUCUGCAUACAUCGACUAUGCAUACAGACUGACAACAGAUGAUUUUGAAGCCUACUUCAGUGGGAAGAAGAGACUUUUACCUCGGAAAACAGAUCUGAGCUUUUACAACUGGAAUAAAAAUGUUGUCUCAUCAAAGCCCAGCCCAAAUUACAAAGUGAUUGCAGAAAGUGCCUGUGGACUACUCUUCAAGAACAAAAGGGAUGGGAAAAUAAUAAAUGUGAAUCCCGAGAGCGCUCCGUCCCGUAGCACCCUGACAGACUGGAGGUUGGUGUGCUCGUCCCUGAACAGCAGCGGGUUGCACACGAAGCUCCGGGAGCAUGGCGAGGCUGCUCAAGGUUUUAGGCCUCGCCUCCACCACUGGGCCUCGGCCUCUACCUCCAUCGCCGGGUCAGCAGAGCCCCCUAGUGUAGACGCAGCAGAUGCCAGCGGGAGGAGGUUCCCCGCCCUCGGCGGGCACCCACUGCAACCCUUCACAUCAGAGGCGCUGGAAGUAUACCAAAGGAAAAGGCUGCUCGGAGGGCAAACAAGCAAAGACAAAUUGUGUCUCUUCCCAGGGCUGGUGACGGAAAGACAAAAAGCCCACGACUUGGGUAACUCUAAUUUUGUGGAGGACCGAGUGUGGGAGACGUACAUCUGUAGAGGGAAUACCAUGCUCUGUUAGGGCAGACUUCUGACCUUGGUGCUUCUAGGUGUUUUCUUCAUUUAACAGUACCAAGCAAAGAUUUCCGUCAUUCCUUGCAUCACAUCGGAAAACUAGGCUUUGUGGUUGCUUCAGUCUUGAUUUGCAGACCCUGUAUCUUGAGGCAGAUCAAGGGAUGGGCUGGAGAUUGACUUACAGAAUAUUUUCAUAGCAUUAAAGCAAAAUUGCCUUGAUAGCACAGCUUAGAAUUUGGGAUCUGUUUUUUGCAAGACUAAAUCAGAGAGCCUGAGUCAUUCUGAAAAUAUUAGUUUUUGCCUUUCUGGAGAGGAAGAAAUGCUCAUUCCAAAGGUUGGUAGAAGGGACAAUUGGUAGAAAAUUAUAUUUUUCAUUCUUCUCAACAAAUGAACUGUCAUUAUUUUUCCUCAAUCUAAUAGUUUUCAACAUGAUUUUUAAAAACCUAAGUUGGAAAGUGGUCCCU